CCCUCCGGGCCCGGGCCCGCCAAGAGGGAAGAUGUCCGGGCCCACCGCCCCCGACGAGGGAACCACCUUCGAGAACCUGUGGAACUCGCUGCCCCACAGCACCUACUUUGACCUGCCCCAGGCGAGCCAGGGCAGCAGCGAGGGGGUCAGACCCGACAGCACCUACUUUGACCUGCCCCAGGCGAGCCAGGGCGGCAGCGAGGGGGCGUGUGGCGCAGAGGCCGGCAUGGACUUCCACCUGCCGGGCAUGGCCGCCUCGUCCGUCAUGAAGCUGUACUGCCAGAUCGCCAAGACGUGCCCCAUCCAGAUCCAGGUGUCCUCGCCGCCGCCGCCGGGCACCACCGUGCGCGCCAUGCCCGUCUACAAGAAGGCGGAGCACGUGACCGAGGUCGUGAAGCGCUGCCCCAACCAUGAGCUCGGACGGGAUUUCAACGAGGGACAGUCUGCCCCCGCCAGCCACCUCAUCCGCGUGGAGGGCAACAACCUCUCGCAGUACGUGGAAGACCCUGUCACCGGCAGGCAGAGUGUCGUGGUGCCCUACGAGCCCCCCCAGGUGGGGACGGAGUUCACCACCAUCCUGUACAACUUCAUGUGCAACAGCAGCUGCGUGGGGGGCAUGAACCGCCGGCCCAUCCUCGUCAUCAUCACCCUGGAGAACCGCGAGAGGGAAGGAGGGCCUGAGGGUCCCGAGGCUCCCGGGCUCCUGGGCAGAGGCUGCCUCCCGUCGCAGGUGCGGGGCCGGGAGAACUUCGAGAUCCUGAUGAAGGUGAAGGAGAGCCUGGAGCUGAUGGAGCUGGUGCCCCAGCAGGUGGUGGACUCCUACCGGCAGCAGCAGCAGCUCCUGCAGCGGCCGAGCCACCUGCAGCCUCCCUCCUACGGGCCGGUCCUCUCGCCCGUGAACAAACCCCACGGGGGCGUCAGCAAGCUGCCCUCGGUCAACCAGCUGGGGAGCACGGCCAUGACACGGUGGCCGCGUGGCAGGGUGGCCAGUGGGUGCCCAGGAGCCGCCUGGAGGGGGCAGUGCUCACCCAGCCAGGCGGGUUCUCUCUGCAGUUUUCUCACAGGCCUGGGCUGUCCCAACUGCAUCGAGCGCUUCACCUCCCACGGCGUGCACAGCAUCUACCAGCUGCAGAACCUGACCCUGGAGUCCGUCCAUAUCCCCACCUCUGGCUUUGGCUGA